GAAGAAAAAAAAGUACCUUGAGGAAUUGACUUUAUUUUACAGAAACGUACGUAUUUAUUAAUCUGACUGGCAAGUACCAGACAAUAUGCACCAUUUUGUUGAAUUUUUCACGCAGCCCGCCGCACGAUGGUGCAUGGGCAAUUUUCCGGGCCCCGGUGGGCCAUGGAAAAUUCCAAAAACAGCCUUCGUCGUUCCCAGCUAUACGAUACUAACGUAUAUUAGACACCAGUACCCUUUAUUCUACCACAUAUACAUUCCUCUUCACCAAUCCCAGCAUGUCCACCCAUACUGUUGUGCACGAGGCCAACGGCAUUACUGCCGUGCCUACCCCAGAGGAAUUCUUCACCAAACAGCCAAACACCGGGUUCCUUCGCGACCUCGACCACUACCACGAGAUGUACGCACAGUCCAUCUCUGAUCCAGCGGGCUUUUUCGGUCCGUUGGCCAAGGAGUACCUCCAUUGGGACAAGGACUUUUCCCAGGUAAAGUCUGGAUCCAUGGCCGAAGGAGACAUCUCCUGGUUCCUUGGCGGUGAGUUGAACGCGUCGUACAACUGUGUGGAUCGCCACGCGUUCGCCAAUCCAGACAAGACCGCAUUGAUCUACGAGGCGGAUGAAGAAAAAGACAACAAGAUCCUCACCUUCGGCCAAUUGUUGAAGCAGGUCUCCGAGGUUGCUGGUGUGUUGAACAAGUGGGGCAUUAAGAAGGGUGACACCGUUGCCAUCUACAUGCCAAUGAUUCCAGAAACCAUUGUGGCUAUGCUUGCGGUUGCCAGAAUCGGCGCUAUCCACUCCGUGGUGUUUGCUGGUUUUUCAUCCGGUUCCUUGCGUGACAGAGUGGUUGACGCCCAAUGCAAGGCCGUCAUCACCUGCAACGAAGGCAGAAGAGGUGGUAAGUCUGUCCAGUUGAAGAAGAUUGUCGACGAGGGCUUGAAGCAAUCUCCCUCCGUGGAGAAGGUUCUUGUGUUCCAGAGAACCCAGGGCGAGAUCAACAUGGAGGAAGGCAGAGACUUCUGGUGGCACGAGGAGACCAAGAACCAGCGCGGUUACUUCCCGCCGGUUCCGGUCUCUGCUGAAGACCCAUUGUUCUUGUUGUACACUUCCGGUUCUACUGGUACGCCAAAGGGUGUGGUCCACACCACUGGUGGGUACUUGUUGGGUGCCGCCUUGACCACCAAAUAUGUCUUUGACGUCCACCCAGAGGAUGUUUUAUUCACUGCCGGUGAUGUCGGUUGGAUUACAGGCCACACGUACUCGCUCUACGGCCCAUUGGCCCUUGGGACCACUACCAUCAUUUUCGAGGGUACCCCAGCCUUCCCAGACUACGGCCGCUACUGGUCGAUCGUUCAGCGCCAUAGGGCCACCCACUUCUACGUCGCGCCAACCGCCUUGCGUCUCUUGAAGAAGGCCGGUGAACAGGAGAUUGCCAAGUACGACAUCUCCUCUCUCAGAACCCUCGGCUCCGUCGGUGAGCCAAUCUCCCCAGACGUCUGGGCCUGGUACAACGAGAAGAUUGGCUACGGCAAGUGUCAUAUCGCAGACACCUACUGGCAGACCGAGUCGGGAUCGCACUUUAUCGCGCCGCUCGCCGGGAUUACCCCAAACAAGCCUGGCUCCGCCUCCUUGCCGUUCUUCGGGAUCGACGCCUGCUUGAUUGACCCGGUCUCCGGGGAAGAGCUCAAGGGUAACGACGUCGAGGGCGUCUUGGCAGUCAAGUCUGCGUGGCCAUCCAUGGCCCGUACCGUCUGGAACAACCACACUAAGUAUAUGGACACUUAUCUUAACCCAUACCCGGGCUACUACUUCACCGGUGACGGUGCUGCCCGUGACCACGAUGGUUAUUAUUGGAUCAGAGGAAGAGUCGAUGACGUUGUCAAUGUGUCUGGCCACAGAUUGUCCACUGCUGAGAUCGAAACUGCCUUGCUUGGACACCAGGGCGUUGCCGAAGCCGCUGUGGUUGGUAUCAAUGACGAUUUGACGGGACAGGCUGUUGUUGCCUUUGUUGCCUUGAAGGCCGAGGGCGGUGAUCUUGAUGUCUUGAGACGCGAGUUAGUGUUGCAGGUUAGAGGCGAGAUCGGGCCAUUUGCCGCGCCAAAGGGUGUUGUUAUUGUCGCCGACUUGCCGAAGACCAGAUCUGGUAAAAUCAUGAGAAGAGUUUUGAGAAAGGUUUGUGCCGGCGAAGCUGACUCCUUAGGUGAUAUGUCCACCUUGGCCAACCCGCAGAGUGUGGAUGGCAUUAUCGCUGCCGUUACGGAGCAGUUUAUCAAGAAAUAAGCGAUGUGUCAAAACAAGGAACUGCAACGGAGCAGUUUGUGAAGUCAACAGACUUGUAUAGGUUAAUAGAUAUUUAUUGUAAUGCUGCUAUAGA